AUGCGCUUCUCGAUCGCCGCUCUUGCUACCCUGGCCAUGGGUGUUGCUGCUACUGAGUACACCACCGAGGUCGUCACCCAGUACACCACCUACUGCCCGGAGGCCACCUCCAUUGUGCACGGCAGCCACACCUACUCCGUGUCGACUCCCGGUCAUAUCACCAUGUCGCACGGUCCUUACACUGUCACUCGUCCUAUGAUCACCCAGACCAUCACCGAGUGCAGCAAGUGCACCUCCACCGCCCCCGCUGUGCCCCCGGCCUCGACUCCCCUGGUCCCCAGCAGCGCCGGUGCGACCACCCCUGGCUCGGGUCCCGCCCCGACCCAGACCCCCUACAACGCCGCCUCGCGCGCCACUGGUGCCGGUGCCGGCCUGGCUGCCGUCUUCGGUGCUGCUGCUCUCCUGCUUUAA